GUGAUACACCGACUUUCACGGGGACUGCGCGGAAAGCACGCCUCGUUGUUCUUUUUAAUGGACCGCUAUGGCAAGAUGAGAUAACGCUAUCUGUGGAGCGGCAAAAGAUCAAAGGGAGCAGCCGCCGGAAGCAACAGAUGUUUCUCAGCGGACAUCAAAGGCGAUCGCUCGAGCUUAAGGAUCGCCCCCAUCACUCUAACGCAGGCUUCUCCUCUCUAAGGACAAUCAGCCCCUGCAAGCGUUUUCGCGCAUCGAUGACAAACCAACGCCGCCGCAUAUCGCGUAACAAUUGCAACCAAGUCUGUUACAGUUUUCGAUUUCAGCAGUAAUGAAUGACGUUGUUCAAGCACACGCAAAGAAACAGAAGUCAUCGAGGAAACGCAAAGUCGUGGAAAGCGACCACCACAAUAAGGAUACGUUGGAAUGGGUGUCGGCCAACUACAUCGCGUCGCCGGGUGUGUGCCUUCCGCGAUGCACCUUGUACCAGCAUUACCUGGACCACUGCCGCCGGAGCGCGAAACCGCCGAUGGGAGCCGCGGCAUUCGGCAAGCUCAUACGGCAGAAGUUCCCGACCGUCACGACCAGGAGGCUUGGAACGAGGGGACAAUCGCGGUAUCACUAUUACGGCAUAGGCCUAAAACCGACAUCAUUCUACUACGAUCAAGUGUACUGCGGCAAAGACAUUACAAGGUUUUCAGGCCAGAAGGUCAAGUGCAUUGAGGUAAGAUUAAAAUUAUCCUCCUGAUAAGAGCACAGAACAAGUCCUUCCUUCGUACCAGGGCGAUGAGAUUAAACAAGUGGCGCCUUGUACAAGCCGCAAGAAAUGGACGUUUAUUCCUGACGUUCGAGACUUGAGUGCAUCAGACUGUGUCGAUUUAAUAAAGGCGGAAGGCUUUCUGUCAAUGUACCGCGCAC